AUGACGAAGCAAGAUCAGCCCCUGAUCUUUAUCCUGCAACCGUCCUCCUCCCAAUCACAGAGGGAGAAAGAGCUUCAGGCUUCCGAGCGCAAAGCCCACGCGGCCAAGGUCGCGCACGCCCGACGCCGACACGUGCGCGGCGUCGGUCAAGUCAGGCAGGGGAGAACAAGUAGCAGGACAGCGUCUGGCGCAGUUGGCCCAGGGAGGUCGACUCAGGCUGCAGAUUCCAGGACAGAUGAUCAUUGGAUAGAAGAAGAAGCACAAGAGGAUGUUCCAGCUGCGGCCCUCGUCCUAUCUCAACAUGCUCCCCUACCGCUUUCACCACACGGCUCGUCUGAUCCGUUCAGUUCCCAAGCUAUCCCCAUCACGCCGCGAGUGAAUCAAGUAUUACAAUAUGCCACCCAGUCGCUGGCCAGCCUCUUUGCCACGAGCUACGUCAGGAGAUUGUUCUCUGAACCGUACAAACAGUAUUUCGACCCCAAGGGUCUCCAGCCCCUGAUCGAAAAUGUCAGAUCGUUCUAUUGGACUUGGGAGUGGUCGUCAGCCGAGGAAGGCUCACUCUCCUCCUAUGUCUCGUUGUACGCUACAUCCAUGACACGAUUUAUGCCUAGACACACGCAUAAAGAAUACUCGAUGAUGGCCCUCACUCUCCGGACACGAAGUCUCGAGAUUCUGCGACAGCGAGUAAGCGAUCUGGAUGGGACUCGCCGACCAGACAUGGCGCUUAUCAUGAACGUAAUGCGUCUAUUCCGCAUGGACUCGUUCGCCGGAGACGUCAAAGCGGCGAGACUGCAUGCGAAAAUGAUCCGUGGCUUUGCAGAGAGUGUCCCAGAGCUACAGCAAAGGGGCCACUUCAUCCGCAUGACAGUGUACAAUGACAUCGUCUCCGCGACCAACCAGCUUCGGCGGCCAUUGCUUGACUAUGACAAUUGGAUCCAGCCUUUCAUGGACGAGUGCAAACGACCGAUAGCACACUACCUCCCAUUCGAGCCCGCCAACGAGAAAGACAUCCACUAUUCUGUCUCGCUAUAUCAAUUGCGCAAGGUCAUGAAGCGGCUCCAGUGGUAUCUGUCCUUUGUGAAGGACGGGGCAAGCUUCACGCCGAGGACGUUAACAGAAGCAGAGAAUAUUCAUCGCUGGGUAAUAAUUUCCGCCCAAAAAGAUAUGGCCACCAUCUUAAACCUCUAUGUGGACAUCGCCGUAGAUGAUGAACCUCUCCAUCUCACAAACAUUGCCUUGACUCUAGCAUUGAUCAUGGCCCUCCAAAAGAGCAUGUGGGAUGCACUGCUCAACGGCGCAGAUAUCUGCGACUCUUCUCGGGCGGUCCUACCACGGUUGGAGCCGGUGAUGAAAUCGAUCCUCGAGACUUCGACCUUGGAAGAGCUGCAUUACUACCGGGAAGCGCACUUCUGGGUCUUCUUCGUGGCAGCUCAAAUGGAGCAGCUGAAACUCAAGUCAUCUCCUCAGAACCAGGCGCCGUCGCCCUCAUUGUGGUUCAACAACAUGCUUGCGCAACAAGCGCGGUUUCUGAACUUGCAGAAAUGGUUCGAUGCACGGGAACUGCUGCAAAGGUUCGUUUUCAACGAGUUCUGGGAGCCGUCCGCAAGCGUUUGGUAUGAACCAAUGGUUCAGAAUCUUAGUGGCCCUACCAACAGGGCCGCGACCGCUCUCAACAGCGAGCAGUCAGCGCUGAUACUCGCACGACCUUCGAACACUGCCUCGGGGCCUGCCACCAGCGGCAUGCCGCCUGGCAGAGCUCGCCUCCUGCGGCCAGGUGCGUAG